AUGAACCACAGUGACGAAACUUCCAACGGGUUCCCCCAAGCGCAUGAAGAAGAUGACGACGAAGUCUAUCUGGAUGAAGAUGAAUUCCCAGCUGCGUCAGUAACUCUAUUAGAUGAGGAUCCCAUCAAAGCGAAGUUUGAGCGACAUAUCGAAGAUGCACGAGCACUAUCUAAUAACUUACAAAACUCUGAAUCAAGUGACAAGGCAAGCCAACAACUCAAAUUUGUCAACGACAGGUUCAGCGAAUGGCACAACACGACCGAGGAAGGGAAGAACUUUCUUCACUUUCUGGCAGACUACGAUCACAGAAUUCACAAACCACCCGUCAACCUCCAAUGGCUGAUGUGGCGAGCUAUUCGCAAACUUCCAGCGCAUCUACUUUGGUCACUGGACAACAAUAAGCGCAUUCCUCUGACGAGCGCGCUUUUGGCGAACAACUCUUUGUUCGGUUGGUCAGUAUGCUUGAAAAUAAAAGAUGCGACAUGUCAGGAGUAUCAUGCUCUGUUGCAGAAGAAAUAUGAGAAUUGGGACGGAAGCAGUGAGACUACUUGCUUACAUGCCGCUGCGACCUGCAUCUUUGACAAUGGAGUCAAGAGGACAGAGUUCUUCGGUAAAGUCUGUGGCUUUGUGCCCAGAGAUAUGUUCUUUGUCAGGGACACUAAACGUCGCACCGCUCUUCACCGUGCAGUCGAUUAUGAGUGCUGUUGCAAUAGUCAAGUCGAGGUAGUCAAGGAGUUGUUACGCUCGUGUUCCGACCUCUUGGAUGAACCUAUUCAGGAUCCAGAUGACUUCAAUCGCACUUUAUCAGUUUAUCAAUACCACCAUCAUACCAGAAAGAAGUUCCUCGAGAGUCGACGCAGACGUGCUCAGGAUCUUGCCAGCCAAGAGCCCGCAGCAGCAGCCCCAAAGAAAGCCGAGUCCAAACAGGAAAGAGGAGUAGAUCCAAAGAAGGAUGCAAAGAGAGUCGUGACAAGGACGGAAAAGUCAGGCUCGGAAAAGACAAGCAUGGGUCCUCCGCCAGCCGUGAAGCGGAGAGGUUCAAUCGCCGCAACUCCACAGGGCGCUACAACUCCUCUUCAAUCCCCGUCCUUAACGCCAAUAACUCGAGUCAAGACAGGAACGGCGACAGCAACGACUCGGACAGAGGUGGUUCAGAAACCUGCGUCCAAGGAGAAGGAGAUGGAAGAUGCAGCCAGAACGAUUAGCAACCUCCUGAAACUCGAGACUUUGCGUAAACUAAGUCCAGAGAAAGCAGCUGACAGUCUACGGCUACCAGAUGAUCCAGGCAAAGAGUUCUGGUUUGACUUUGGGCCACCCAACACAGUCAGCGAAGAUGACUUUAAGAAGUAUUUCGGCCAUUUACAGUUCGACACAGCGCUGCAGUACGUUGGAUUCCCAAGGGUUCGUCUCAAGGGUAAUAGAGAACAGCCGGAUGUAAGACAUCAAGGGAGAAAGGAUAUGACAUUCUUUUUUGACUGGCUGAGAGGGAAGUCCGUUACUCGAAUCAUCAAGGUUGUUGUCGAAGAUAUGGAGAAGCCUUCGCACAGUGAUGAGGCGAUCGAAGAGUGUUUGAAAGAUCUUGGUGUCGAAAUACUCGACUGGAGGCGUCUGGAUCUGGAUGCGCUCUCCCUUCGCAAGAUUGGGACUCACCUACGUGAGAUCCAUCUCCAAUGGAGUGGCAGUAACUCGACUCUCCGAGCAUGGUCCGAGAAGGAGGGCUUGGCCUCAAUACCUACACUGGAAGUCAUUCACUUAUUCCAGCAUGAAGGCCUUGAGUCUCGUGAGAGAACUAUAGAGAAUCUCAAUGCCUUUGAACGAAGAUUACACGAAUCUUGGCCCGAAGGAAGACCCAAGCCCCAAGUGAUCCCCCCAAAAACAGGUGGCGGCCGGCGGGUGGCACAAGUCCAAGUCCCCGACGCAAGACCUCAACCGCUAGAACGCUCAAUCGACCCUCAUAAAUGGAUGGAAUGCAUGGUGAGCUUCUCCAAGCGCUUCAAGCAGAUCAAAGCUCUCAGGGGUAAUAAUCCCUCUCUACCGCCAGUAGAAGUGGCCCUGAUCGAUGAUGGCGUCGAUAUCAUGCACCCUGACCUCAACGACACGAGGGAUCGCACGUUUCUAGGCCAAAGCUUUGAUCUCCAUGAUGGAGGCUCGACACCCCGCGUGCCGCCAUACUGGAGCUCACCUUCUGGCCACGGGACUUUAAUGGCGAGGCUUAUCCAUAAGAUCUGUCCCAGCGCUAUCAUCCAUGUUAUUAAGCUACAGACAUUUUGGUCGGGGAAUUCCAAGAAGCUUCAGAUCAAACCUGACAGUGCAGUAAAGGCUAUUAACUACGCCGCGAAGAGAGGGUCCCAGAUUAUUUGCAUGUCAUGGACUAUCAAGCCUCCAGAAGAACCAUUGAGGAGCCAGUUCGACACGGCAAUCUUCAACGCCAUCGGCAAACAUGGCGUUCUUAUAUUCUGCGCGGCAAGUGACCAAGGACAGUCCGCUGACGUUAGUUAUCCGCACGCAAGCAGCCACCACUGCUUCAGAAUCGGCGCGGCAAAAGCCACCGGCAACAUAGUCGACACAGUGGGCGAUUCCCAAACUGUAGAUUUCAUCUUUCCCGGCCACGAAGUUGUGAUCGACGGCAACGAAACCAAAACUCAGCUGGAAAAAUUCGACGCUCACUCCGGUAGCUCUGUUGCCAACGGUCUAGCAGCAGGACUAGCAGCUCUCGUCAUCGAGUGCGUGAGGUUGGGCGCCUUGUACACCAGAGAGUACAGAAAGCUAGAGCCCAAGGUUGCUAUUAACUACAGCCAUAUUUCUAUCGAUGAAGAGGAUUUGAAGAAGAUACGGAGUCGCGCACAGAUGGCGUAUGCGUUGAAUUGGAUUGGGACUAAUCAGAACACGAAUAAUAAGUAUAUAGAGGUUUGGCAUACAUUUAGCGGAGUUGCAGAGAAGUUGUCGAGGAGUGAGGGUGUUUCACUUGAACAGCUGGAACAUAUUGCAACGCUUGCUGGGUUCUUUCUGAAGAAGGGGAUGUAG